UUCGGCUUUUCACCAUAAGCCGAACACACACUUUUGGGUGAUUUUCUUUGAUUUGUAAAGUCCGUCCUUGUCCUAGCAUAUUCGCGUGCAGGUGUGUCUUCGCGAAUAACAAUUAGAGCAACGAAUACCACCAAAGAAAAUUGAUUUUUCCUCUACGUGCCGGCCUUAUACUUAACGCACUUGCAUUAACGCCUACAUGAUACAUGGUUACCGGAAUGCUGAAUUCAACAUGGAUCUUUCGGCCCAAACUAGCUCAUUGCCAAGAAACCCACAAUGGUUAUCUGAAGCGAGCAACUACAGAACAACUAUUGGAGGUAUUCAACAAAUAUGCAACAGUCGAGAAGCAGGGCGAAAAAUAUAUAAACUCUGUAGAAUUCAUAAAAAAUUAUAUCGGUAUAUUGAAUGAACCCUCAAGUGACUUGGAUUCAUUGCGCCUGUUGAGCGGAGUGGUCGACACUAAUAAAGAUGGACUCAUAUCAUUUGCUGAAUUUCAAGCAUUUGAAAGUCUUUUAUCAGAACCUGAUGCAUUGUAUAAAGUUGCAUUUCACUUGUUUGAUAUAAAUGGAAAUGGAGUGAUUUCAUAUGAUGAAUUUGUAUUAGUUAUUAAAAAAACUGAACUUUAUUUGAAAAUACCUUUCAAUUUGGAUAGCCAAUUUAUGAAAUUGUAUUUUGGAGAGAAAAAAAAUCGUUUAAUUAAUUAUUCAGAAUUCGCUCAAUUUUUACAUGAUUUCCAUGAAGAAUGUGGAACAGAAAUUUUUCGUAUUUUUGAUAAAUCUGGUACUGGUUUCAUAUCCGCCAAUGAUUUUCAAGAAAUUAUGCUUUUGUCAAAAAGUCAUUUGUUAACCAGUGGUGUCCGAGAUAAUUUAUUACCAGCUGCAGCUGCGAGUCAAGGAGCACAGCGUGUUAGUUUUCCAUAUUUUAUGGCUUUUAUAUCACUAUUAAAUAAUAUGGAACUAGUGAAACGUAUUUAUUUAAAUGCCAGUAAUGAAAACCGAACACUAGAAAUUACUAAAGAUGAAUUUUUAUAUUCUACUCAAGUUAUGUCUCAAAUUACACCUUUAGAAGUGGAUAUAUUGUUUACCCUAUGUCAUCUAUUACAUCAAAGAGCUGGCAAAAUUGUUUAUAAUGAUUUGCAAUCAAUUACACCAGAACAGUACUAUAAAGAAAUACAUAAUCGUAGAAUAGCUGAAAUCCAUGCAGUAUCUAGCCCAUCAGAUCGAGGAGUUUUUAUUCAAGUAUUAGAGAGUGUGUACCGAUUCACUUUGGGCUCAUUAUCUGGAGCUAUUGGUGCAACAACAGUAUAUCCAAUUGAUUUGGUUAAAACAAGAAUGCAAAAUCAAAGAUCCGGUUCUUUUAUUGGUGAACUUAUGUACAGAAACAGUUUUGACUGCUUUAAAAAAGUAAUAAGACAUGAAGGAAUAUUUGGACUUUAUCGAGGUCUCUUGCCUCAGCUCAUUGGUGUUGCUCCAGAAAAAGCAGCUAAGCUCACUGUUAAUGAUUUAGUUCGUGAUAAAUUACGUCAAGAAAAUGGAGAUUUGACUCUUUCUGCAGAAAUUAUCGCUGGAUCCUGUGCUGGAUUUUCACAAGUAAUAUUUACUAAUCCAUUGGAAAUAGUAAAAAUUCGUUUGCAAGUUGCCGGUGAAAUAGCAUCUACACAAAAAUUAAGUGCUAUUACUGUUAUUAAAGAACUAGGUUUCUUUGGAUUGUAUAAGGGAGCUAAAGCAUGUUUCUUAAGAGAUAUACCAUUCAGUGCUAUUUACUUUCCGGCAUAUAAUCAUGUUAAAAAAGCUUUUGCUGAUGAAAAAGGUUAUAAUCAUCCAUUAUCAUUGUUAGCAGCUGGUUGUAUUGCUGGUAUUCCAGCUGCUUCUUUAGUGACUCCAGCAGACGUGAUAAAAACUAGAUUACAGGUUGUAGCUCGACAGGGGCAAACUACUUAUAAUGGGUUGAUAGAUUGCGCUACAAAAAUUUACUCUGAAGAGGGACCCAGGGCACUUUGGAAAGGCGCAGGCGCUCGUGUGUUUCGUUCUUCGCCACAAUUUGGAGUGACACUUUUGUCUUAUGAAAUUUUACAAAGAUUGUUCUAUGUAGAUUUUGGAGGCUCCCGUCCAUCGGGUUCAGAAAAAUUAGUUUCUGUUCUUGGCGCAGGUGAUGGAAAAACUCCAUCAAACCCGGAUCAUAUUGGAGGGUAUCAUGCAGUUAUUCCAAUAUUAGAAGGAAUAGAGUCUAAAUUUGGUCUUGUUUUUCCAAAAACUAAAUCUGAAAAAUAAUCAUAUCAUACCUAACCUGGCCUUUACACUUACAUUCUGGAAUUUUAAUGAUUGUUAUUUUGUGAUAUUAAUAUUUUUAUCUUCAUACAGUUAAUUUUAUUUAUUUGAUUCAUUGAUUCAAUUUAAUUAAUAUAUGAAAACACAUUUACACGCAAAUGCAAAUUAAGUAAGUUAUUUUUGUUUCCAUCUUUAA